CAAACACGUAAAACUUUUCUUGUUAAAAAACCACAAAGCUCCCCUGACCACACUGCUGCAGCGCUCCUGCCGUCUGUGAGAGUUGCUGCCGCGACCACCAAUCCGUCGCCUUACAUUGCCAGCAGUGGAGCAGGUAAACCCUUUUUUUUUGGAAAGAAACACCAAUAGAGACGGUUUUCAGUUUUGGUGGAUAAGAAGACGCUUCAUCAAUGGGGAAGAGGAAGGAAAGGAUUCUCAAUCCGGAGCAGUUUGCUCCUGAUGGCACUGAGUCUGUGAAGCGGAAAAAGCGCACCAAAGCUCCCAAACAGCACCAGAAGGAAGCCAAGUUGAUUGAUUCGAACAUCACCUCCAAGAUCAUGAAGGAAGCUUUGAUUCAGCAGAAGGAGGAAGAGGAGAAUGUCAACAGUUCCUUCCAUGAAAUUGAAGAUCUGCCCAUCGACAUAGAAGACGAGGAUGGCAAUAUCGAUGAAUUUCCUGGAUUUGACGAGACUCAAAGCCAGUUUGAUGGAUAUGAAGAGAAUAUUAAUGAGGAGGACGAGAGAAUAAUAGAGGCUUUCUUGUCGAACCGGCAGGAUCGGCAGAAAACACUUGCAGAUCUCAUUGUUGAAAGAAUAAAAGAAAAGGCUGGUUCUGUUUCUUUGGAACAUCAAUCGGUGCCUAAAUUGGACCAGUUCGUAAUUGACUUAUACAAGGGAGUAGGGACAAUACUUAGUAAAUAUACCACAGGUAAAUUACCCAAGGCAAUCAAACCCGUCCCUUCCAUGGCACAAUGGGAAGAGAUAUUGUAUUUGACCGAACCUGAGAAUUGGUCACCACAUGCUUUGUAUCAAGUAACUAGGAUUUUUGCUUCUAAUUUAAAUACAAAAAAGGCAGAACGGUUCUAUAAGCUUGUCUUGCUUCCAAGAGUGAGAGAGGACAUAAGGAAAAGUAAAAAGUUGCAUUUUAGUGUAUAUGAAACUCUCAAAAAGGCAUUAUACAAACCUGGUGCAUUCUUUAAGGGAAUUUUGUUUCCACUCUGUGAGUCUUGCGGAUGCGAGAAUAGGGAAGCGAUCAUUAUUGGAAGUGCCAUGUCAAAGGUUUCUAUUCCUUCAUUCCAUUCUAGUGCUGCGCUAUUGAGGCUGGCAAGGAUGGAAUAUUGUGGCACCACAAGCUAUUUCAUAAAGAUUUUACUGGAGAAGAAAUAUGCUUUGCCGUAUCGGGUUGUUGAUGCAGUAGUGGCUCACUUUAUGAGAUUUCUCGACGACACUAGACUAAUGCCUGUUAUAUGGCACCAGACACUUCUUGCAUUUGUGCAGAGGUACAAAAAUGAGCUGCUGAAGGAAGACAAGGAUAACUUAAGGAUUCUACUUGAAAAGCAAAAUCAUAGAUUAAUUACACCUGAAAUUAUUAGAGAGCUGAACCACAGCCGAAACCGAGGUGAAAAGGACGAAGAUCUCAUGUCAAUCUCUUCGCCAGUAUCUGUGAUUAUCAAGCCCAUUGAAGAAGAUCGUUUUGACAUUCCAGAGGUUCCAAUGGAGGAGGACUAAUUUUAUUCUAUAUGGAUCUGGUUUGUUUUUUGGAGAGAACAAAAAUUAGGAUUUGCAAUCAUCUUAAAUCAGUGGGUGGCUUUGCAGCUUUAGUAUUAUAUAACAGUAUUAUUUUCCAUUAGAGUAGCAAAAUAUAAUUCAUCAUGUUAAAGGCAAACUUAAUAUUUUUUAAAAUUUUUUAAUGUCAGUUGCUUUUAUUACAAUUUUGAAGGAUAUAUUCCCUAGGGUGGCUGCACAUUGUGUUUAUGCUAUCGCCAAUUUUGGUCCAUAACUGGAAUAUUU